CAGCCAGCAGUACCGCCUCCAAGCCAGCCUUCCAAGAGCUGCUGCUACCGCCUCCCGCUCCCAGGGGCUCCUCCUCCAGCACACGAUACGUGCAGCCCGCCCUCUCAGCCGCACGCGCAGAACAACCGGGGCGAGGUAGUCAAGAAGCAGUGACGUCUCCGAAGGGAGGAGGGGGCGGUGGCAGAAUCUGGUGCGCCUGCGCGGCACCUUGUUUACCCCGUUCUUCUUCGAGCCCGGAUGGGAGGGGGAGGAAAAGAAUGUGGGAAAGCGGAGCGUGCCUCUCUCGCCCCCCUUCUCCGAGUCCUCCCGGCAGAUGUCGCUCUAGGCCCAGCAGAUCGGAGCGUGCUCAGUGGCCGCCAGGUGGCGCCUGCGCCCUCCAUUCGCUCGCCAGCCGCCGAGCUGCGAACACCCCAAACAAUCCCCAGCGCCGCUGCCGCCGCCAAAUUAAAUAAUCCGCCCGCUUCAUUCUUCUCCCCCCCUUUCCGUGCGCUCAACCGCCACCCCCCCCCUUCCUCAACCUAGGCUCGGCCGGGGCUUCUAGGCCUUUGCCGCCGGGGGCUUAACGAGGGAGGAGGAGGAAAAAAAAAAAGGUAAGGGCGGCCCGAGUGAGUUGGCCUAGAAGUGAGAGAAGAAAGGGGGGUAAAUAUAGGUGGGGGCGUUGGUGUGCGGAGGGGGAAAGAGAGGAAAAGAAAAAAGGGCGCGCAAGGCCUCUGAGGAGCCGUCACCGCCGAGCAAGGCCGCUGGGCCUCCCUCCGCCGUCGACGACGCCGGGAAAGAUAUAAUCUGCUACAUAAAGAGAAGAAAAUAACGAACAAGUAGAUUUAGUGUCUACAGUUGCUUUUUGAAUGCAUUUCUAAUACAAUAGUGAUCUGGAAGAUGAUAAAGAAAUGAUAGCAGCUCAAGAAGCAACAACUAAUUUUGCUCUGCUUCAGGAGUCUGAAACUCACUUUUCUUCUGAUACUGACUUUGAAGAUAUUGAAGGAAAAAAUCAAAAACAAGCAAAAGGAAAGACUUGCAAAAAGGCGAAAAAAGGCACAGGAGAAAAGGGGAAAGUUGGAAACGGAGGAGGGAAGCCUAGUGGUCCAAAUCGAAUGAAUGGGCAUCACCAGCAGAAUGGUGUGGAAAACAUGAUGUUGUUUGAAGUCGUUAAAAUGGGCAAGAGUGCUAUGCAGUCUGUAGUGGAUGACUGGAUAGAGUCAUACAAGCAUGACAGGGAUAUAGCACUUCUUGAUCUCAUCAAUUUCUUUAUACAGUGUUCAGGCUGCAAAGGGGUUGUUACAGCAGAGAUGUUUCGACAUAUGCAAAAUUCUGAAAUAAUUCGAAAAAUGACUGAAGAAUUUGAUGAGGAUAGUGGAGAUUAUCCACUUACCAUGGCUGGUCCUCAGUGGAAGAAAUUUAAAUCAAGUUUUUGUGAGUUCAUUGGUGUGUUGGUCCGGCAGUGUCAGUAUAGUAUCAUAUAUGAUGAAUAUAUGAUGGACACAGUAAUUUCGCUACUUACAGGACUGUCGGACUCACAAGUCAGGGCAUUUCGACAUACUAGUACACUGGCAGCUAUGAAAUUGAUGACUGCAUUAGUGAAUGUGGCAUUAAAUCUGAGCAUUAACAUGGACAAUACACAACGUCAGUAUGAAGCAGAACGAAAUAAAAUAAUUGGAAAACGAGCUAAUGACCGACUGGAACUCUUACUACAAAAAAGGAAAGAGCUUCAGGAAAAUCAAGAUGAAAUAGAAAAUAUGAUGAAUGCAAUUUUUAAAGGUGUAUUUGUUCAUAGAUAUCGAGAUGCAAUAGCUGAAAUAAGAGCAAUUUGUAUUGAAGAAAUUGGGAUCUGGAUGAAAAUGUACAGUGAUGCCUUCCUCAAUGAUAGCUAUUUAAAAUAUGUAGGGUGGACAAUGCAUGACAAGCAAGGGGAGGUAAGACUCAAAUGCCUUACCGCUUUGCAAGGACUUUAUUAUAAUAAAGAACUUAAUUCCAAAUUGGAACUCUUCACCAGUAGAUUCAAGGAUAGGAUUGUAUCUAUGACUCUUGACAAAGAAUAUGAUGUUGCAGUACAAGCAAUAAAACUACUUACUCUUGUUUUACAGAGUAGUGAAGAAGUUCUGACUGCAGAAGACUGUGAAAAUGUCUAUCAUCUGGUUUACUCAGCUCAUCGGCCAGUAGCUGUAGCAGCAGGAGAAUUUCUUUAUAAAAAGCUUUUCAGUCGCAGAGAACCGGAAGAAGAUGGAAUUCUUAAAAGAAGGGGAAGACAGAGCCCAAAUGCUAAUCUUGUCAAGACAUUAGUAUUUUUCUUUUUGGAAAGUGAAUUACAUGAGCAUGCAGCUUACUUGGUGGACAGCAUGUGGGAUUGUGCAACUGACCUCUUGAAGGACUGGGAAUGUAUGAAUAGUCUUCUGCUGGAGGAACCACUCAAUGGAGAAGAACCCUUGACGGACAAACAGGAAAGUGCACUAAUUGAAAUAAUGCUGUGUACAAUUAGACAAGCAGCUGAAUGUCAUCCCCCUGUAGGAAGAGGCACAGGAAAGCGGGUACUCACAGCAAAGGAGAAGAAAACACAGUUAGAUGACAGGACAAGAAUCACGGAACUUUUUGCUGUGGCACUCCCUCAGUUACUAGCAAAAUAUUCUGUAGAUGCAGAAAAAGUGACCAACUUGUUACAGUUGCCACAGUAUUUUGAUUUGGAAAUUUAUACAACAGGACGACUAGAAAAGCAUUUGGAUGCCUUAUUGCGACAGAUUCGGGAUAUUGUAGAAAAGCACACAGACACUGAUGUUUUGGAAGCUUGUUCUAAAACAUACCAUGCACUCUGUAAUGAAGAAUUCACAAUCUUUAACAGAGUUGAUAUUGCAAGAAGUCAGCUAAUAGAUGAAUUGGCAGAUAAAUUUAAUAGACUUCUUGAAGAUUUUCUGCAAGAGGGUGAAGAACCUGAUGAAGAUGAUGCUUACCAAGUCUUAUCAACAUUAAAGAGAAUCACAGCUUUUCAUAAUGCUCAUGAUCUGUCAAGAUGGGACUUGUUUGGUUGCAAUUACAAGUUGUUAAAAACAGGAAUUGAAAACGGAGAUAUGCCUGAACAAAUUGUUAUUCAUGCAUUACAGUGUACUCACUAUGUAAUCCUUUGGCAGCUAGCAAAAAUUACUGAAAGCAGCUCUACAAAGGAGGACCUUCUGCGCUUAAAGAAGCAGAUGAGGGUAUUUUGUCAAAUAUGCCAGCACUACCUUACCAAUGUAAAUACUGCUGUUAAAGAACAGGCCUUCACUAUUUUGUGCGAUGUAUUAAUGAUCUUCAGCCAUCAGAUUAUGUCAGGAGGACGUGACAUGUUAGAGCCAUUAAUUUACAGUCCUGAUUCUUCAUUGCAGUCUGAACUGCUCAGCUUUAUUCUCGAUCAUGUUUUCAUUGACCAGGAGGAUGACAGCAACAGUGCAGAUGGUCAGCAGGAUGAUGAAGCUAGUAAGAUCGAAGCUUUGCACAAAAGAAGAAAUUUACUUGCAGCUUUUUGUAAACUUAUUGUAUAUACUGUGGUAGAAAUGAAUACCGCUGCAGAUAUCUUCAAGCAAUAUAUGAAGUAUUAUAAUGAUUAUGGAGAUAUUAUCAAAGAAACAAUGAGUAAAACAAGGCAGAUAGACAAAAUCCAGUGUGCAAAGACUCUUAUUCUCAGUUUACAACAGCUAUUCAAUGAGAUGAUCCAAGAAAAUGGUUAUAAUUUUGACAGAUCGUCACCAACUUUCAGCGGCAUUAAGGAGUUAGCUCGACGUUUUGCUCUAACGUUUGGACUUGAUCAGCUGAAAACGAGAGAAGCCAUUGCUAUGUUACACAAGGAUGGCAUAGAAUUUGCUUUUAAAGAGCCUAAUCCACAAGGCGAAAGUCAUCCACCUUUAAAUUUGGCAUUUCUUGAUAUAUUAAGUGAGUUCUCUUCCAAACUUCUCAGGCAAGACAAAAAAACAGUGUAUGUUUACCUGGAGAAGUUCAUGACCUUUCAGAUGUCUCUCCGAAGAGAAGAUGUGUGGCUUCCGCUCAUGUCUUAUAGGAACUCAUUGCUAGCUGGGGGUGAUGAUGACACUAUGUCAGUUAUCAGUGGAAUCAGUAGUCGAGGGUCUACAGUAAGGAACAAGAAAACAAAGCCAGCCACAGGGAAACGGAAACUACCUGAAGCCGAGGAGAGUAGCAGUAGUGACAGCAUGUGGAUGAACAGGGAGCAGACAAUGCACACGCCAGUCAUGAUGCAGACACCACCACUCACUUCCACCAUCAUGAGGGAGCCAAAAAGAUUGCGACCUGAAGAAAGUUACAUGGGCGUCUACCCAAUGCAGGCUGAACACCAUCAACCUCCAAUUGACUACAACACGCAGGUAACAUGGAUGUUGGCUCAGAGGCAGCAGGAAGAAGCAGCCAGGCAACAGCAAGAGAGAGCAAUGAACUAUGUGAAACUGAGAACCAACCUGCAGCAUGCCAUUCGACGUGGCACAAGUUUGAUGGAGGAUGACGAGGAGCCUAUUGUUGAAGACGUAAUGAUGUCAUCAGAAGGGCGUAUUGAGGAUCUCAACGAAGGCAUGGAUUUCGAUACUAUGGACAUAGAUCUACCACCUUCAAAGAAUAGGAGAGAAAGAACAGAGCUAAAGCCAGAUUUCUUUGAUCCUGCUUCAAUCAUGGAUGAAUCGGUUCUUGGGGUAUCAAUGUUUUAAUACAAGUGCAGCAAAUAACUCCGCCGUGAAGUCAUUUUCUAAUAUGAAAGAGGAGAUUUUUAAAAUUAAAAAUAAUUGCGGUAGAUACAGUGAUAAUCUGAACAAGAUUUUUCUCUAAGGAGAAUGAUGUGCUUACAAGAUCAAGUGCAUUGAAGGGGCAGUUUUGUUUGCCUGAAACAUAAAGGACAAGUAAACAACCUGAGGAUAAGCUACAGUUUCUGUUGGAAAACCAGUAUUUUAUUUAUGUAAUAUUAGUUUAUUUCCAAAUCCAUAGUAGAGAUUCCAUUUUUUUUGGAAAUUCCCUCUCUGCUGGGGAGGUGCUUGGUACAGUUUCAAGCUCUGCUGUUCAUAAUCGGUUGGAUGCAUUCAAAUGAUUAUGAUUUUUUCCUUAGCUUAUAUUGUUGCAGUCUUGUGCUGAGAUGACCGGGGGCUUGUUUUCAAACCCUAGCAUUUGUAGAACCAGAAGAGAAAGUUUAAAACAUUUUCAGCAAGACGCUCAAAAUUCUGGGCAACAGAAACGUUUGGUUCAGUUAGUAAAAUGAAGAAAAUACAAGUUGAUUAUUCUAGGUUUUUAAAAUAAAAGCAUCCCCACACUUCAUUAUUGCGUAUUCAUGAAAUAACUAGGAACCAUGAACUGCCGGAAAGCACUGAGAUCAAUCCUGCUUACCCAUUAACAACCCUGAGAGUUUGCUUGUCCUUUAAGAAAAAUGUAAUGUUGUGAAAUUCCUUCCAGUAGUGCCACUGUAUUUUGUCUCCAAAUAAAGAAGCUUAUUGUAGUAUGUUUGCAGAAAAAUUCUAAACAAAAAAAUAUACAGCUUAUUAGAGUGUGGGAUAGGGGUCUAAAUUUUAAAUAAAAUAUAUAUAUAUAUAAAUUGGUGCUGAUUUUAUAAUUGCGCAGUUUGUUUAGUUUUUUCUUACUUUUAAAUUCCAACUUAAAAAUUAUGAGGUUUCAGAAAUAUAUUGAAAGUUUAACAAUGUUUAAAAAUAGAUAAGCAUGAGAAUUCAUGCUUUAAAAUGAUUUUUAAAUUUGUAUUUUAUAUUGUUUUAUCUAUCUGUCUUUGCAAGCAGUCUUCAGGUUAAUGAUACUUCUAACAGGUUACAGUACAUUUCCUCUGUAUGUAAAUUAAUUGGAUAAUAGAAGAUUCAUAAAUAUCCCCAUAUAAUAUUCUUUGAAAGCUAAGCUUUAAAUUUCAUUUCAUGAACUUCACAAUUAAAUCAUUUUAAAACAUGCAGAUCUAUGCCGUUUUGACAUCAACUCACUCUGCAAAAGCUUAGGCAGCUAGACAUCAUUUAAAGGAAAUGUUAACUUAUAUUACAUAUGUAUAUUUUUUGUCAGUUGUCUCUCAGUUCUUGAGGUAUAUUUCAAAUCAUUCCAUGCGCCUUAAUACGCUUGCAAUACAAUAAUUUUCCCAAAUGAGCAACUAUGAAGAGACUUCCUGUUAAUUCAAAGAUAUUAAUCAUUUGGGCUGUGGUAGCCAUAAACCAUGGGUUCUCUAAAGUAUCAUGGCAACAUAAUUAUUUUGAAAAAUCAUGGGUUUCAAUGAAAACAGAGCCAGAUCUGCCUAGCUCCAUUCUACAUCAAUGCUCUCAUGUCUAAAAGUACUGCCUAUCUUAAACUUUUUUUCCAUACCACUGCAUUUAAAUAGAACUGCUGAGAGGACUGUAUAUAUGAUUUUAAACUUUAAGUUGAUUUUUUUCUGACUCUUAAAGAAGGAGUGUUUCUUUGUGACAGCAGUUCCUACAGCUUUAUGUUUUCAAACAACUAAAAAAUGUUUUAUAUAUUUACCUUAACCUGUUGUCCUCCACAUUCUAUUGUCCUAAUUGUACUGUUUUCUGAUUUGUAUUUAUGUCUUGAGACAAGUAACUUUUUGAAUAAAAAUAAACCUACAGUAUGUUGUAAGUUUGAUCUUUUUGAAUCAAGGGUAGAGGAAGACAAUAAGAGUGUGAAUGGUGCAAAUGUUAUGUUUAUAAAAAAAAUUAAAGCUUUUUCCAUGUCUUUUAAGUGUUUGUCUCAGAAUUGGGAUAAUGUAUGGAAAACUGCACUGUUUUAUAUUUGUAAUAAAUUGUACAAGUUUUUAAAAUGUGAAUAAAGCACUAAUUGGGUUAAUAAUUUAAA